AUUCCUCAGUCGGAAUUGAACGGUACUUUGCUUUUGACUAACCUUAUUAAUCAUGUAUACAGCACACUGCUUAACGAAUUGUCUAUAGAGAUCAAUGACGUUAUUGGCUGGUGCGAUAGCACCAUUGUACUUUCUUGGAUACGGACACAACCUCACAAAUUGCAGGUUUACGAAGGUAAUCGUGUAUCAAAAAUCAUAACAUCUGAAGUAAAAAUUACCUGGAGACAUGUUCCAACUGAUCAAAACUGCGCAGACGUGGCCUCACGUGGUACAUCUGCUGCUAAUUUGUUAAACCAUUCGUUAUGGUGGAACCCGGCAUGGUUAACCGGUAAACCCAGCACUUGGCCAAGUAAAGGACCCGAAUUUCCUGAAAUAUUACUUCCUGGCUUGAAAUCUAAAUUUGUCACAAAUGUUGCAGCUACUAUGCCUACUAUAGACGAAAAAUGCGAUAUAAUUGAGCGAUAUAGCUCCUUUAAAAAAAUUGUAAAUGUUACGGGAUUUAUACUGCGUUUUCUCCAUAAUAUCCGUAACCCUAAUUCGCGAAUUUCAAGGACUUACCUUACAGUGAACGAACGUAGGAAUGCUAUAAGAAAACUUAUUAUUCUGGUUCAAAGAGAUGCGUUUAGCGAUGAAAUAAACUCACUUAACUUAAAAACUAGGAUAAAAUCACCCUUAAAAAAGCUAAAUCUCUUUUUGGACAGUUUAGGUAUUGUCAGGGUCGGUGGCCGCCUCCAACAUUCAACUUUGCCAUUUGAUGCGAAGCAUCCAAUAUUGCUCCCGGGGAAGGGUUCGUUUGUUAAAUGUCUAGUUGAAGAUUAUCACAUCACAUAUUGUCAUAUUGGAGCUAAUACGCUCGAAUCAAUAUUAUCACGUAAAUACUGGAUCCUGACAGUCAGGCGAAUAACUCGAAGUGUAACGUUUAAAUGUGUUCAGUGUUUUCGAGUGCGUCCACGCUUUACUCAACCACUCAUGGCCGAUUUACCACCAGAUCGUGUUAGGUCUUUACGUCCAUUUCAAGGUGUAGGCACGGACUUUGCAGGACCUUUUAACAUUAAGACCAGCACUUUAAGAAAUGCUCGAGUAGAAAAAUGUUAUCUAUGCAUAUUUGUCUGUUUGGUUACAAAAGCUGUACACUUAGAAGUGGUUUCUGGACUUUCCGUAGAAGCUUUUGUGGACUGCUUUACACGCUUUGUUUCGAGACGCGGAUUACCAUCUCUCGUUAGAUCCGACUGUGGCACUAACUACACUGGCACUGAUAAAUAUUUAAAGGACGUUUAUGUGUACCUGCGGAAUCAUAAUACAGAUAUUAGUCGGGAACUUGCUAAAUCUGAAAUAACCUGGUUAUUCAAUCCUCCGAGUAGUCCUAAUAUGGGAGGUCUCUUUGAGGCAGCAGUAAAAACAGCUAAAACGCUUAUGCGUAGAGUUCUCGGCGAACAAAACCUGACUUUCGAACAGCUUAGUACAUUCUUCACCCGUGCGGAGGCAGUUAUGAAUUCUAGACCUUUGACACCCUUAAGUUCGGAUCCAAAUGAUCUUGAUGUCCUUACUCCCGGACAUUUUUUAAUAACUGAGCCUUUGACGGCCCUGCCUGAGUAUGACUUUGAGGAGACAAAUAUCGGUCGACUUAAUCGUUUUCAAUUGUUACAACGUCUCUCACAACACUUCUGGUCACGUUGGCGUAACGAAUACCUACAUACCCUACAGUUAAGGCAUAAAUGGUCGGAUCCGACAGACUCGGUUAAAAUCGGGGACCUAGUCCUUAUUAAGGAAGAUAAUUAUCCUCCCUUACAAUGGAGACGUGGACGAAUAACUAAGUUACUACCGGGUAAUGAUAACGUAAUAAGAGUUGUAGAACUUCGUACUCAAAAGGGGACUCUAAUGAGACCCGUUGCUAAAUUAGCUAGACUUCCACUUGACGCUUAAGAUCAACCAAGCUCUACUUGGUUCGGGGGGGGAGUGUAUGUUCAGGCAUAAUAAAACAUGUCUAUCGGCUACAUAAUUCAAAUGACGCGGGAAAACGCCGCCCUUGCGCCGAUCGCGCGACAGUCACGCCACUCUCCGGUG